UGGCCUUGAACUUGAAAUCCUCCUACCUCAGCCUACAAAGUUGCUUGGAAUACCAGGUGUACACCACCAUGCCUGGCAAGAACAAAUUCUUCAAAGAAAACAAAUUGACACUGUAGUAAACCCUAGCCUUUCUUCUAGCUGGUGAUGGCCUUCUGGUCUUGAGUUUUGUCAUCUCAGCCAUUCUAACCCACAUCCACAACUCCAGAGGUUUCUUUGUCCACAAAGACAAUCCCCUCCACACCCAGACCCACAGCAUCUGGAUUUCAAAGACCAGAAAACUCAUAUAACCAUUUAUUGGUGAGUGGACAUUUGUCCUUUCCAACUUUCAGUUGUUCAAAGGAAGUUCAUUUAAAAAAACUACAGCAUCCAUUGCCACAAAACUGAGCCUAUUUUCUUACCCUUUAUGUAAAUGGAUUUGAACUUGAGUCCUUUCCAAGAAAGGACUGUUUGCAAACUUAAACAAAUGUGCACAAAUAUCUGUAUAACUUCUCAAUUUUGCCAAACUACUGAAAACAACCUCAGUGCAGUUUUUAAAGUGUCCAGGUGCUGCAAGAAAUCAGGCCUGUGCUGAAGUUACUCAGCAAGGCAACUUCUGCAGAAGGAUGUGCUACAGAACAGUGAACAGUCUGGCAAGCAAGCCUGUGUAGGCAGGUAGUCUGUCUGCUUUUAUCCAUAUCAGCACUGCACUUGCUCUGAUAGUUCAGGGUUACAAUCUAUGUGAUUGGCUCUGAGGAGGGCAAAGGGAAGGGCUACGGUUAAAAUGGCUAGACUGGAUACAGGUUGGGAAUCUCAAACUAGCUCUGAUUGAAUCUUAAUAUCCCACUUUUACACUUAAGCCUAAAUACUAUGUUCUGAAUAUAGACCACCAGACUUUCUAUUUCUUAGGAGUGCAGAGCCAAGCUGUUUAACUAGUGAGGGAAGGGUCUUUUUUGAAGGGUCCACUCCUGGAGGACUCUCCCAACAAUUAUUUUUUGUAAAAUAUUAGAAAAAGUCCAGGGAGUUUGAAAAAAAGAUCAGAAAAUAAAAAUGGUUUACCAAGUGAGGUUGUGUAUGUCUGAAUUCCAAUUACUCAGUAGGCUGAGGCAGGAGGAUCACAAGUUGGAAGCCACCUAGACUAAUUGGUGAGAUUUCUGUCUCAAAAAAAUAAAAACGAAUAGAGAUGUAGCCCCGUGGUAGAGUGCCUCUGGUUUCAAUCUAGUUUCCAAAAACAUAAUUUUAGUGGUUUUUAGCAUAUUUACCAAGGUGUGCAACCAUCACCAUUAUCUAAUUCUGAACCAUCUUCACCACCCCAAGAAGAAACCCAUGCCCAUUAGCAGUCACUACCCUGUUCCCUGCACCUUUCCUGCCCCUGGCAACUAUUAAUAGUCUCUUCCAUGGAUUUGCCUAUUAUGGACGUUUCGCAUAAAUGGAAUCACGUGGCCUUUCCUGACUGGCUUCUUGGCAAAAUGCUUUAAAGGAUGCUUUAGAAGAAUGUGUGUCUCUUCCCAAGCUGUCCCCUUAUUCUGGAUGGGUGGUAGAUCACAUCCUACCGUACAAACAAGAGAACCCCGUUCCCUCAGAGGCUUUACUUUCAUCUGGAUCUGCUUCUGCCUUAGACCAACCCUCAGUAGUUCCCAAAUCUCCAGUUGGAAGCUCUGCCCUCUCAACAGCAUUGCCUGCAACACCAAAUGGAGCCCAGAGCAAACAGGAGUCUCAACAUACAGAAUCUAUGGCACUUCAGUCCUCUCGUGGAAUUAGAGUGGAAGGAUGCAUCCGAAUGUAUGAACUGGUCCACAGAAUGAAAGGAACAGAAGGCUUAAGGCAGUGGCAGGAGGAGCAGGAAAGGAAAGUACGAGCUCUCUCAGAGAUGGCGUCUGAACAGCUGAAGCGAUUUGAUGAGCUGAAGGAACUGAAGCAGCAUAAAGAAUUUCAGGAUUUAAGGGAAGUGAUAGAGAAGAGUACCAGAGAAGCCCUGGGCCACCAGGAGAAGCUGAAAGCUGAGCAUCGUCACAGAGCCAAGAUUCUCAACCUGAAACUGCGAGAGGCAGAGCAGCAGCGCUUGAAGCAAGCAGAGCAGGAACGACUGCGGAGAGAGGAAGGCCAGGUUCGCCUGCGGAGCCUCUAUACCCUGCAGGAGGAGGUACUGCAGCUCAACCAGCAGCUGGACACCUCCGAACAGCACAAGGACCUGCUGAAGGUGGACCUGGCUGCCUUCCGGACCCGAGGCAACCAGCUGUGCAGUCUCGUCUCUGGGAUCAUUCGGACCACUUCAGAGAGUGGCUAUCCCACAGCAGAGAACCAAGCUGAAGCCGAGAGAGCCCUGCAGGAAAUGCGGGACCUCCUCAGGAACUUGGGGCAGGAGAUCACCAGAGCCUGUGAAGACAAGAAGAGGCAGGAUGAGGAGGAGGCCCAGGCCAAGCUGCAAGCCUCACAGACACAUCAGGGGCCAGGGCCCCACACACAGUCCCAAGUCCCCACCCAGGGCCCAGGAGGGACACGGAAUGAAGACCUCCAGGUGAAGGUCCAGGACAGCACGAUGCAGUGGUACCAGCAGCUGCAGGAUGCUUCUGCCCAGUGUGUGUUGGCCUUUGAAGGUCUGACCAGCAGCAAGGAUAGUCAGGCCAAAAAGAUAAAGAUGGACUUGCAGAAGGCUGCCACCAUCCCUGUGAGCCAAAUCUCCACCAUUGCAGGUUCUAAGCUGAAGGAGGUCUUUGACAAGAUCCACAGCCUGCUUUCUGGAAAGCCUGUUCAAUCUGGUGGGCGCUCUGUAUCUGUCACACUUAACCCACAGGGCUUGGACUUCGUUCAGUAUAAACUGGCAGAGAAAUUUGUGAAACAAGGGGAAGAGGAGGUGGCCUCUCAUCAUGAAGCAGCAUUCCCCAUCGCAGUUGUGGCAUCUGGGAUCUGGGCGCUCCACCCCAGAGUGGGGGACCUCAUCCUUGCUCAUCUACACAAGAAGUGUCCUUACUCUGUUCCUUUCUAUCCAGCUUUCAAGGAGGGGAUGGCUUUGGAAGACUAUCAGCGGAUGCUCGGCUACCAAGUGAAGGAUUCCAAGGUGGAACAGCAGGACAACUUUCUAAAACGCAUGUCUGGGAUGAUUCGUCUCUAUGCUGCCAUCAUCCAGCUCCGGUGGCCGUAUGGAAACCAACAAGAAAUUCACCCUCAUGGCUUAAAUCAUGGCUGGCGCUGGUUGGCCCAGAUCUUAAACAUGGAACCUCUGUCAGAUGUGACAGCCACUCUCCUCUUUGACUUCUUGGAGGUGUGUGGGAAUGCCCUCAUGAAGCAGUACCAAGUCCAGUUCUGGAAGAUGAUACUACUCAUCAAGGAGGAUUAUUUCCCAAGAAUUGAAGCCAUCACAAGCUCAGGACAGAUGGGUUCUUUCAUACGCCUCAAGCAGUUCUUGGAGAAAUGUUUGCAACGCAAAGAGAUUCCUGUCCCCAAGGGCUUUCUGACUUCCUCCUUCUGGCGUUCCUGAUGUUACUCCCAUCACCCAAUAUCACCACUAUAUUGUGAAGAGGCAAGAAUAAAGCAACUGAAGAUAGUUGUUUUGGGAAGAAGUCAUGUUAAAUUUAGAAAUUUGUCAGUGUGUGUUUUUACAUAUUUGACCAUGUGACUAGGAGAGAAGAUUUUCACAAAAUCUUGGUAAUUCCUUUACAGGUUUGGUAACUCAUUAAGGCAUCCACAUGCUGGAUUAAAUAGAGCUGGCUUUUCUGUUUUUUGUAAAAUUUGUGAGCAGAGGUGUUUAGUACUUGGUCUCAUUCCUUUGUCUCUGAGUGUCUUUCAGAAAGUUGGUGAUACAUUAGCCAUUUUACUCUGAACUAGUCUGAGCCCACCAUUUCACCCCUUCCCCACCCCUGUUCAGACAAAUUCCCAGAAAGAGAUUCGUAAGAUACCAUUCAAAGUAUCAUUAAAUGGUUAAAGCCAAAUCCUUACAUGCAUGUCUGGGUUAUGAUGGUUUUGCCUUUCUCAGCUUGUGAAGCAUUUCUAAAUGCAGAGGAGACGAGUGAUAUGUAGUUAAAUAAAGACAUUUGGGAGGAAUUAUAAUUUUUUUCAUGUUCCAAGUAAUGAAUGAUGAUUAAUUUGCCGACUGAAGCCACUGCAAAAAUCCAGAAUUUGAAUGUUCAGAUAAAAAUUGCAAUUUGUUUUAUGGAAAGACUCAUUCUCUAUUAUACUGCAGAGGCAGCAGCCAAAGAUCUGUCCCUCUACGCUUAGUGCUUUGUGGGCAUAUGUAUUCACUGGUACCCAAGUAGCUUGAAGUGACCCAUUCUAUGAAUCCUGACUGCAGUGCCAAAAAAUAAGUAAUAAAGCUUGAUUUUUUUUAAUAUCCA